CUCCACUGUUAUUACCCCGAAGAUGCUGGUGAACUUUGUGGCAAAGAAGAAUGUCAUCUCCUAUGAGGAAUAUUCUCUCAGAGAAGAAUGGACUCAGUAAAUGUCUCCUUGGUGACUGAAUUCAUUCUGGUGGGAUUAACUGACAAGCCUUAUCUACAAAUACCCCUGUUCUUUGUGUUUCUGGCAAUGUACAUGGUCACUGCAUUGGGAAAUUUAUCUUUGAUAAUACUAACUGUUUUGAAUUCUCACCUUCACACCCCUAUGUACUUUUUCCUCUUUAACUUGUCUUUUGUAGACCUUUGCUAUUCUUCUGUGUUCACUCCACAAAUGCUAAUGAAUUUCAUAAGGAAGAAUACAACUUCUUACAUGGAAUGUAUGGCCCAACUCUAUUUCUCUUGUUUUUUUGUUAUUUCUGAGUGUUAUGUGUUGACUUCAAUGGCCUAUGAUCGCUAUGUGGCCAUCUGUAAACCACUGUUGUAUAAUCUUGUCAUGUCCUCUAAAUUAUGUUUGAACCUAAUGCUUGUUUCCUACUUUAUUGCAUUUUCUGAGUCUGUAGCUCACACUGCUUGCAUGCUUAGAUUGACCUUCUGUGAUGCCAACACCAUCAACUACUAUUUCUGUGAUAUUCCCCCUUUGCUUCAGCUCUCUUGUACGACCACGCGUGUCAAUGAGGUUGUAAUUUUUGUUGUUGGGAGCAUCAAUAUCAUUAUUCCUACUUCAACUAUAUUUGUCUCCUAUGGUUUUAUUCUCUCCAGUAUCUUUCGCAUCAGUUCUUCUGAAGGCAGGUCCAAAGCUUUCAGCACUUGUAGCUCACACAUCAUUGCUGCUUUUCUGUUCUUCGGCUCAGGUGCAAUCAGGUACUUCAAACCCUCCUCAGCUGGGUCUAUGGAUGAAGGAAAAAUCUCUUCUGUCUUUUAUACCAAUGUGAUUCCCAUGAUAAAUCCUCUACUGUAUAGCUUGAGGAACAAAGACAUUAAAGUUGCCCUGAGAAAAACGCUGAGGAAAAGGAACUUUUGA